AUGCGGCGGUUUAUUUGUCCUUUUUCGUGGGUGGGCCCCCUUUUUUGUCGUGGGCUCCACACCAACGAGAAUACCCGCAAUGUCGCGAUCAUCGCGCACGUCGACCACGGCAAGACAACGCUGGUGGACAGCAUGCUCAGCCAGUCCGGGACGGUAGCGAACGCGCACAAUCGCGUGAUGGACACCAAAGACCAAGAACGCGAGCGGGGGAUUACCAUUUUGGCCAAAAACACCGCCGUCCUUUUAACCCAAACCGACCCCAACGCGGCGAAGCGGAUUAACAUCGUGGAUACCCCCGGGCAUCUGGAUUUCUCCGGCGAGGUCGAGCGCGCGCUGCAGUUGGUGGAGGGGUUUAUUCUUCUCGUGGACGCCAAGGAGGGGAUUCGCCCGGGGACCCGCUAUGUUCUGCGGAAGGCCCUCGCGCUGAACCUCACGCCGAUUGUGUGCAUUAACAAAAUCGACAAGGACAACAGCUGCAUUGAGAAGACGGAAAACGACAUCCAGGAUUUAUUCCUCGACUGCGCGACGAACGACUCGCAGUUGGAUCUCUGCUUUAUGUACGGCUCGGGGCGCUCGGGCUAUAUGAACCAAACCCCGGAAAAAGGCGGCUCGCUGGACCCGCUUUUUCGCACGAUCUUCCAGAUCGUCCCGCCGCCCAAGGCGGAGGACGGCCAGGAACUCCAGAUUUUGGUCGCGCAAAUCGACGUGCAAAAGGCGGGGGGCGAAAAAAUCGCGAUCGGGCGCAUUUUUCAGGGCGCCGUCCACGUCGGGGACGUCGUCACGGUCGCACUCGAGGACCGGCAGGUCAACGCGCUCGUCAACAAAAUCGAGUUAUACCGCGGGGUGCACACCGACAGCGUGGCCUCCGCCAGUUUUGGCGAUAUCUGCGCCAUCACACUGCAAGAGCCGAUUCAGCAAAAAAUCCCACUCCAGAUCGGCUCCACGAUCGGGUCGGAGGGCAAGGUAAAGUUGUUUCCAUACCAAAAGCCGGAUGAGCCCACCUACAGUUUGAUUCUCCAGGAGAGUGAGGCCCCGUGGAAAGGAAAGGAGUGCGAUGAGGGCCUGAGCCGAAUUCACUUCCUUCAGAAGCGCCUGGAAAGGGAGGCAUUGGUGAACACGGCCCUCCAACUGAGCGGACUGGGCACCUCGCAGAUCACCAUGCGGGGGCGCGGCCCACUUCACCUCUCCGUCAUUAUCGAGGACAUGCGUCGGGAGGGGUAUGAAUUCGAAAUCCAGGCCCCCCAAAUCAUCACCAAGCUCGUCAACGGCGCGGAGUGUGAGCCAUACGAGCGCCUAACGCUCGAGUUUAAGGAGGAUCUCAUCUCCCCGAUCGUCUCGUUUUUGAGUAUGCGAAUGGCCGAAAUCGGCGAAAUCGAACCGGUUUCGGGUGGUCGGGUGGUGCUGGAGUGUGUGAUGCCGGUACGCCUCAUGGCGCGUCUUCCGCUCAAGUUCCACACCAUGACCAGCGGGGACGGGGUCCUGAACCACAACUUCGACUCCUAUAAACCCUUAGCGGCAGGGGAGAACGCGCGCGAGACCGGCGCUCUUAUUUCGGUCGAAAAUGGUGAUGUCACCGACUGGGCCCUCUCAGGGGUCUCCUCCCAAGGAAAUUUCUUCGUUCUCCCUGGUGAUCAUGUCUACUAUGGGCAGAUCAUCGGUGAGAACACGAAGACCCUAUUGCAAAACCUGGGUUUAAAUGUCUGCAAACACAACGAGCAGCUCGGUGGGAUGCGCGCCAACUCGGUGGACAAGUUAAAAAGCAGGCGAAGUGGCUACCAGGCGGUGCGUUAUACCUUUGAGGAAUCGGCCUCAUGGGUCACGGAUGACGAGUUGAUCACGGUGACGCCGAAAUCCAUUCGGAUGCGAAAGCCAAACUUCACUGGAAAGACCACCAUGCGCUCGCUAAAGCGGAAGUGA